AUAUAAUGAGCAAAGUAUCAAAAGCAUAUACUUAGGGCAAAAAGAGCCGACACGUAUACGAAGCAGAAGAAGUAAACCCCCAAAAAACCAAAACAAAAGAAAAAAGGGAAAAAGAAUAUGAAGUAGUAGUAGAAAAGAAAAGAAGCCUCUGAAAACAAAACCCAAAGAGUCGUGUCUCUAUCAUCAACUCUUGCCUUCUCUUCUCUUCUCUUCUCUUCUUGCAUUCUCUUCUUUCUCUGGGGACUGGGGGUCUACUGUUUUGGCCACCCAAAAAGGUCACCAGAAAAUAGGUUUUUAGCUUUGUUAAGAUGGCCAGGAACAAGAAGAAGAAACUGUGGAAACGCGAUAACGUGGAUGUUUCAAAGCUUAACAUUGCUGAAUCCACAACGAUUCACAUUACCCAACAACUUCAGAAGUUCUUUGAAUCCAAGGCGGAAGUUUACAAGUUUGAAGAUAACCUGUCGAGCGAUGAACGUGCGGCGGUGCAUGAAUUAUGCAGGAAAAUGGGUAUGACGUCCAAGAGUAAAGGGCAUGGGGGCCAGCGUCGUGUAUCUGUUUUCAAACCUAAAAAGCAGGUUGCCACCAGGAAAGGGCCCAGCAGUCUAACUCAUUUGACAUUUUCGGAAGGGGCGAAAGUGGUUUUACAUGAUUUGUUUACUCAAUACCCACCUGAUGAUGAAGAGGUGGACAAGGAAAAGGUUGGGAAGAAAACUGAAAGAGUUGAUAAAAUGCGACGGAGUAAAGUUGAUAUUUUCCUCAAGCCUUCAAUGAGCAAGGCAGAAAUUGCGAAGAAAGUGGAGUCACUUGCUUCCAAAAUUGAGAGGGCUGCAAAUUUGAAACAGGUAACUGAAGGCAGGUCUAAGCUUCCAAUUGCAUCCUUUAGGGAUGUCAUUACAUCAACAAUUGAAUCUCACCAGGUAGUUCUCAUAUCUGGUGAGACUGGGUGUGGAAAGACCACGCAGGUCCCUCAAUAUCUUCUAGAUAAUAUGUGGGGUAAGGGUGAGGCCUGUAAAAUUGUGUGUACUCAACCUCGACGUAUCUCAGCGACAUCAGUUGCUGAGAGAAUCUGUUAUGAAAGAGGAGGGAAUAUUGGUGAUGAUGUUGGAUACAAGAUACGAUUGGAAAGCAAAGGUGGGAGGAACUCAUCAAUUGUGUUCUGCACAAAUGGGAUUUUAUUGAGGGUGCUAAUUUCUGAAGGGGCUGGUAGGUUGAAAACAGAAGGCGGAGCGAAACCUGCAAAGCGAGAGAUUUCUGGCAUUACUCACAUUAUCGUGGAUGAAAUUCAUGAAAGGGAUCGCUACUCUGAUUUUAUGUUGGCAAUUCUCAGAGACUUUCUUCCUUCCUGUCCUCAUCUGCGUUUGAUACUUAUGAGUGCUACUAUUGAUGCUGAACGAUUUUCGCAAUAUUUUGGUGGCUGCCCAAUCAUCCGUGUCCCUGGGUUCACUUAUCCUGUUAACAUUUUUUAUUUGGAGGAUGUACUUUUGCUCCUGAAAUCAGUGGAAAAUAAUAAUCCUGAUAAUACUUUAGCCGUUGUCCCUAGUGAGGACCCAGAGUUGACAGAGGAAGAAAAGCUUGCUUUAGAUGAAGCCCUGAAUCUGGCUUGGUCAAGUGAUGAGUUUGAUCCACUCUUGGAGCUGGUUUCUUCUGAGGGUACCCAAAAGGUGUUCAAUUACCAGCAUUCUUUGACUGGGCUAUCACCAUUGAUGGUAUUUGCUGGAAAGGGUAGAGUGGCUGAUGUUUGCAUGCUCCUAUCUUUCGGGGCAGAUUGUCAUUUACAGGCCAAGGAUGGAUCUACUGCAUUGGAGUUGGCUGAACGAGAAAACCAACAGGAAGCCACUGUAAUAAUUAAAAAACACAUGGAAAGUUCCAUUUCCAACUCCAUCGAAGAACAACAAAUACUUGAUAAGUAUCUAGGCAAAAUGAAUCCUGAACUUAUUGAUGUUGUUCUUAUAGAGCAGUUGAUACGGAGAAUAUGUACUGAUUCACAAGAAGGAGCAAUCCUUGUUUUCCUUCCAGGAUGGGAGGAUAUAAAUAAAACCCGGGAGAAACUGAAUGCAUCUGCAUUUUUCAAAGAUACUUCCAAGUUUAUGGUAUUAUGUCUCCAUUCUAUGAUUCCUUCUGUGGAGCAAAAGAAAGUUUUUAAACGUCCACCUCCUGGUUGCCGGAAAAUUGUUCUUGCAACCAAUAUUGCUGAAACUGCCAUUACCAUUGAUGAUGUUGUGUAUGUUAUAGACAGUGGUCGUAUGAAGGAGAAAAGUUAUGAUCCUUAUAAUAAUGUAUCAACCCUUCAAUCUUCUUGGGUCUCAAAAGCAAGUGCAAAGCAAAGAGAAGGACGUGCGGGCCGCUGUCAGCCUGGAAUUUGUUAUCAUCUCUAUUCAAAGCUCCGAGCAGAUUCUUUGCCAGAAUUUCAACUUCCUGAAAUUAAGAGAAUCCCAAUUGAGGAACUAUGUCUGCAGGUGAAACUACUCGAUCCAAAUUGCAAGAUAGAAGAUUUCUUGAACAAGACAUUAGAUCCUCCAGUUUUCGAGGCCGUACGAAAUGCAAUUUUAGUUCUUCAAGAUAUUGGGGCUUUGUCAGUUGGUGAAAAGCUUACUGAACUUGGGGAAAAGCUUGGUUCUCUACCUGUGCAUCCAUUGACGAGCAAGAUGCUUUUCUUUGCUAUAAUGAUGAACUGCCUUGACCCAGCAUUGACUCUGGCAUGUGCCUCUGACUAUAGAGAUCCAUUUACUCUUCCCAUGUUACUGAUAGAUAAGAAGAGAGCUGAUGCUGCUAAAUCUGAGCUUGCAUCAUUGUAUGGUGGGACUAGUGAUCAGCUAGCAGUAAUAGCAGCAUUUGAGUGCUGGAAUAAUGCAAAGCAAAGGGGCCAAGAGGAACGGUUCUGUUCUGAAUACUUUAUCUCUAAAAGCACUAUGAGUAUGUUGUCUGGUAUGCGUAAGCAGCUCCAAAAUGAACUAAUUCGGAAUGGGCUUAUUCCUGAUGAUGUUUCCCGUUGUAGCUUGAAUGCGCGUGACCCAGGUGUACUCCAUGCAGUCCUUGUGGCUGGUUUGUAUCCUAUGGUGGGAAGAUUGCGUCCACCUCAUAAAAAUGCAAAACGAUUUGUAGAGACUUCAGGUGGUGAUAAAGUUCGUUUGCACCCCCAUUCCACUAAUUUUAAGUUGUCAUUCAGCAAAACCAAUCAUUGCCCUUUGAUUAUGUAUGAUGAGGUAACUCGGGGAGAUGGAGGUAUGAUCAUAAGGAACAGUACUGUGGUUGGGCCACUCCCAUUAUUAUUGCUUGCAACAGAGAUUGCUGUUGCUCCAGCAAAUAAUGACGAUGAAGAUGAGGAAGAUGAGGAUGAUGACAGUGAUGGAGAUGAAAGUGAUGAAGAUGGAAUGGAUAUUGAUAAGAAAUCAGUUGGACGACAUGAAGAAAAGAUCAUGUCAUCUCCUGAUAAUUCAGUGACAGUCAUUGUUGAUCGGUGGCUCUUUUUUGGGUCUACAGCACUUGACAUUGCUCAAAUUUACUGCUUGAGAGAGCGAUUAUUAGCAGCAAUCUUAUUCAAAGUAACACAUCCAAGGACUGAUCUUCCUCCUGUUCUUGCGGCCUCAAUGCAUGCUCUAGCCCGUAUUUUAUCUUACGACGGGCUAUCUGGAGUGUCAUUUCCAUUAGAAUCUGUGGAUUCACUGACUUCAAUGGUAAAUGCUACUGAGAUCGACAAGUAUUCCCCAGGGAAGAAGAAAGAGAUGGUACAGAAUCCAAAUGGGUUCCUAAGGUCACUUACGACUCAAGGCACACCCAAGAGGUUUCCUUGCCAUCAUCACAAUACUAGGGUACCUGCAUCAAAGGGACCAACAAAUUUGGGUGCUCUGUCAAGUCACAAUGUUCGGCCGCCACUUAAUUCAGCUGGCAUGAAAUUUGCACCACAGGGCUCCAGAUUAAAUGGGGAUGGCUUGGCUACGCAGUCACAUGGUCCUAGGGGAGACUCCCUUAAGCGGCAGCGUGAAAAUGGGACUGGAUAAUGGUGACAAUUAGUCAAAACAGUGAGUUUGAUAGGGACUGAGAUGGUUGUAUGAAAAAUGUUAGGGAUAAGGGGUAGUUCAAUUAGGUGGAGACUUUACAUCAUAUAUAUGAAGCAAACAUCUCUAGGCCAAAUCUCUCACCUUCCUUCCCUUGUGACGGAAAUCAUUAAAAAAAGUGUUAAAAAUAUGCCAAGAUAGCAAGGUAUACAAUACAGAUGUUUUGCUCAACUUAUUUUAAAUUCUGUUCCAUCCUUUCGAUUUAUAGCAGAAUCUCUUAAGUA